AUGAAGGCGAAGCCUCCUCUUCUUUGUUUCUUUUAUUUGCUGCAAAUCUUUAUUUCUUCUUGCUUUUUAGUAGCUGCAGCAGCAGAAGCAGCUGCAGCAGCAGAAGCAGCAGCAGCAGCCCAUGAGGGGGAUGGCUCCGAUAUAUCCCUGUCCCUAAGGACGGGGAUAGAGAGGCUUAAUACAGAUUCAGAUGCUUCAGUUGCCUCUGAUGGUUUUCCUGCUGCAGCAGCAGCAGCAGGGGCUGCUCUUGGAUCCCCAGUUGCAGCAGCAGCCCCUGCAGCAACAACUGCAGCAGCAGCAGCAGGAACAAGAGAUCGAAGAACUAGCACACGAACUCGCAGCGGUCGUAUUUCUCGUCGCCUGUCUCGCCGGGGUCGCAACCAGCAGCAGCAGAGACAACAGCAGCAGCAGCAACAGCAACAGCAGCAGCAGCAGCAGCAGCAGCGGGAGAGCGUGCGAGUUAAACGCAGCAGCAGCCAUCGCGGUCAACGCCCUACAAGUGUAAGAGCUCGCUGGGGCACUCCGAGCAGUCGCAGCAGCAAUGAGAAGUCUGUGCUGCUGAACGGUGUGAAGACGAAGAGAGGCAGCGGAGCAGCAGCAGCAGCAGCAGAAACAACUUUGCUGCUGUCAGCACCUACGAGCGCAUAUCCUUUAAGAGGGAUCAAAACCCUUAUCGGUGGUUUGACUAUGUCUUUAUUUAUAUUUAUUUGGGCUGUGCUGCUAGGAAAAAGUGCAGCAGCAGCAGCAGGAGGGGCAGCAGCAGCAGCAACAAACCCUUUGCUGCAUGCAGCAGCAAAAGUUACAAAGGGCUUCGAUGCUUUCCUAUCCAGAAUAGCAGGGCUAACUUCACCUGUUAAAGAUAUAGCUAUUCUUGUAAUGUUUGCAGUAGCUGGUUCUAUUACUCUUUUAUCUUUAUAUGAAAUAGGUUUAUCUAUAAGAAAGAGACUGCAUGGAGGGUCUCCUUCAAGCGGCAGCCGCAGGGGCCUCCGUGCUGUGCUGCUGCUGCUGCUCGGCUUGCUGCUGUUGCUGCAGCACAGCCGAAAUGCAGCAACUGCAGCGGAGCUUUCUGCUGCUGAUAUUUAUCUCUUUGCUAUAGGCAUGGGUCUUUUCUUAGGGGGCAGCUUGCUGCUAAUUUUAGGACAGCUGCAGCCUCCUAAGAGAACUCCAGAGGUGCUUGAGCUGACAGCACUUAUAGGCCCGCAGCAGCAGCAGCAGCAGCUGCUGCAGCAGCAGCUGCAGCAACAGCUGCAGCAACAGUUCUUACCGCAACCACAGUUGCAGCAACAACUUCUACUUCAGCAGCAAGAGCUGCAGAAGCAACUACUCCUCCAGCAGCAACAGCUGCAACAACAGCUCCAGCAGCAGCAGCAGCAGCUCCAGCAGCAGCAACAACAGCAGCAGCAGCUCCAGCAGCAGCAGCAGCUACUGCAGCAGAAACAGGGUCACAGGCCGACUAGAACUAGGACCCAUCGAGGCCAGCAUAGACGCACCUAG